AGGAACCCGUCAGGAAGGAGAUAAACAAAACAAACCAGAAAGCAUGGAUUCUAAGGAGAAGGAAAUUGUGUUCUUAUCCUGUCUGCUGUAGUGGAUCUCAGUUUAAGCGGUUGAAAGGUGUUUAAAUAAAACCGUUUGCUUGGUUGUGCUGCAAAGGUUGUGACAGCCAUUUGGUUUUGAAGAGAAGAGAUUCAACUGUGCUUUUUCACGUGGCCUCCCUGCCACCCUCAGCUGUCUACGGAUACUACGGCCUUUCUGAUGUAGAGUGCAAGAAGCAUCAUAUCUGAAUAAGAUGCUACAGCACAGCACAAGUGGGAUGGAUCCAGUUUUCGGAAGUGCAUUUCAGAACCACUCAUUUUCAGAUCAGACUUUAAUGAACACAGAUUUGUUAACAAGCAGCUCAGACCCUGACUUCAUGUAUGAACUGGAUCGGGAAAUGAAUUACCGACGCAGUCCCAGAGACAGCUUCCUUACUGCAGAGGACUGUAAAGACAUAGAAGCUCUAGAAUUGUUCACUGAACUUCCAGAUAACGAUCCUGCGUAUGUUCCAAACUGGGAACAGUGGGACACUUACUGGGAAGAUUUAACCAAAUACACCAAACUCGCCAACUGUGAUAUCUGGGGGACAAAGGAAGUUGAUUUCUUAGGCCUAGAUGAUUUUUCCAGCCCUUACCAGGACGAAGAGGUUAUCUGUAAAACCCCAACUCUGGCACAGUUGAACAGUGAGGAUUCCUUGUCUGUCACUGAUUCACUUUAUCAUCCCGACCUGCUUUUUGGUAUAAAACCUUGCUUUGCUGUAAAGAAGAAUGUGGGAAGAGCAACUACUCCUGUGUGCUCAUCUAAAAGUGUCUGUUCUGAGUCUCCUGUUACGGACUCUGUUCAGCAGGUGGCUGUACCUGCUUCAAGCAUUGACAAUGUUAACAAGACUAACAUGCACAGCACAGAAAAGCUACAUUUCCCAGGGGAGCAUAAAGACUAUGUGAAAAAAGCAAGGGUGAUGAUUAAUCCAAUACAGCAUAGUAAACAUGCUGUCAAUCACACACACACAGAUGCAACAAAGAAUUCCAGCUACUGUGAAGCUGCAACAUUGUCAAAGAAGCAAGAAAAGAAGUGCCCUGAAAGCUUUCAGAGUCCUAGCAAGAUUAAUAUGCCUUUCAAAGAAACUCAGGACCUAUAUGUCCAAUCACAUGGAGGUCCAGAACUUGGCAAGGAAGCAGCCUGCCUUACUGUAAAUGCUUCAGCCAUUGAACAGUCUCAGAAAAAGGAAGAGCACAAUUAUUCACUCUUUGUUUCUGAUUCAGUUGAUGAUCAGCUUGAUGAUUUUGAUCCUGAUGAGGAGGAUGGAGAUGAAGUAGAAGACUUUGAUGAUGAAGAAGACCAUGAUGAAGGCUUUGGGAGUGAACAUGAGAUGUCUGAUAAUGAGGAAGAAGAGGAUUAUGAGUAUGACAAGGAUGAUGACAUGAGUGAUACUUUCUCUGAACAAGGUUGCGAAAAUGAUUCCAUUGAUGAUAUCAAAGAAAUGACUGAAGUAUCUACAAGAAAGCGUGGCAAGAAGAGGUACUUCUGGGAGUACAGUGAACAGCUAGCACCUUCACACCAAGAGAAAAUGCUGAAACCCUCAGAAUGGGAUCGGGAAACAUUGCCUAGUAAUUUAUAUCAAAAGCAUGGGCUUCACCAUGGAAGAUCUGCUGCAAAGAAGUCUCGAAGAACUGAUGUGGAAGAUCUCACUCCAAACCCCAGGAAGCUUUUCCAGAUUGGCAAUGAACUAAGGAAGCUGAACAAAGUCAUUAGUGAUCUAAAACCAGUCAGUGAGCUGCCAAUAACAGCAAGACCAAGGUCAAGAAAAGAAAAGAACAAGCUUGCUUCCAGUGCACUUAAUAUUGAUGUGCAUUUUGAACUUUUUAAAAGAGGUUUCUCAUUUGUUCCUGAUUUCAAGUAUGACAUUGCUGACAUGUUGAUAAAUUUAAAACUUUUUGUGAGAAAAUUAAAUUUGAGAUUAUUAUACAAAGAUCAGUCUAAUAUUGAUUUUAAUCUGGACACUUUGGUGAGAAAAAUAUGUCUUACUUAUUUCACAAAACUGUCUUUUUUCCCUACAGGUCCACCAGUGGCAGGCGUGACAUCAGAGUUUGUGAACCAGGUUUUAGAGAAGACAUCAGGUGGUGAUCCCACUGGAGGCCUAGUGGGGCUCCGGGUACCAACAUCAAAAGUGUAAUGCAGAGAUCAGAGCCAGGGAACAGCGCAGCAGGAACUAUUCAUUAAGCCUGUCUCAGCCAUUGAUGUGCACCAUCGUAUAUGGCUCCAUUCAUUUUUGCAUGUUUUUAGAUUUACCUAAAGCACUUACGCUAGACUUGGUGACUGAAAAUGAGCAAACAGUGCAAAAAAAUGAAAUGCAGAAUGAAGUACAGUAGCAUUUUCCAGAGCAUAAAGUAAGCACCUUAAGUUUUAAAUGCUGUAAGCUUCUAUUAUAAAUACAAAGAUAGUUUGCUACAAAACUGUUGCUCUGGCAGUUUUUCUCAUGUCUGUGUUAAAGAAAAAAAAAAACGUCCAAAUGAAAAGGAUAGAUGGUAUCUUUGAGCUGCAGAAUGCUCCCAUCUCAAAGCACUUGAAAGUUGAAGUAUCUUUGAUGGUGAAUAUGAAGGAAAAAGUUAAUGAUUUCAAACGUCAUUACAUGCUUUUUUCUUAGUCUCAUUCUUAUUUAUAUUUUUUCUUGUAGCUUUCAAACUUCCACUUGUACAUAGCACAUGCAUCACUAGUUCAUUUGACAUACAAAACAUGCUUUUUCUGACCUGGUUAUGUAAAUGUAUGUUCAAGUAACAGAAAAGAUUUUUGUGCCUUGUACUAAAAAAUUCAGUGGCUGUAAGCUGGCAGAUUUUAUUUUAUGAUAAAAAGAAAAAAAGAAAAAAAAAACUGAAUAGAUGUACAGGUGGUUAAAUAAUGGGUUUGUAAUGUAUUUGUUCCGCUUCUAAUGCGUUUGAAUGUAUAUAGGAAUAUGUCGACAGUGUAGAUAUGUGCCACAGAGUCUGUGUAUUGUAUAUAAAAAAAAAAAAAAAAAAAAAAGAAAAAAAAGAAAAUUAAGAAAAAAGAGAGAGAUGGCUUUUGAAAAAUCUAAAGAUUUCGGUACUUACCGGAAGACAGUAAUUGCACAUUGUUGUGAUUGUUUUAUUUUUGUACCAAAGAAAAUUGCAACUGAUAAUGGCAUCCUGCCAGUCUAAGUAAGGUUUUGCACAGCUUACAUAUUGUAUUGAAUGUAAAAAUAACUAAAGAGUUUGGAUUUGGGAUCUCACUGAAUUGUAUUUUUUUCCUGUUUGGGUCCAAUUAUCUACACAAGGAGCUUUCUUACACACUAUUUUUUUAUUUUCUGCUAUCUCUGUAGUUGCUUCCAGAGUAGAUAUAUUGGUUGUUGUAAAUCUAUUUUCCCUUGUUUGUAGUAAAACAUGAAAUUGUAAUAUAUGUAGACUUUGUUAAAACUAUUGAGAUACAGAAUGGCUUUCACUAGACAUUCAAGAGUUUUAAGUUUAUUUUGCAUGUUAAUAUUUCAUUAAAUAACUUAGACAGA